GGGGAUGAUGUGUUGAGAUUCUCUCUCUUUCUCUCUCUCUCUCUUCACUGCACCGAAAAAAUAAAAAUCCUAUUUUUGCUUCUUUUACUCGAAGAACCCCAAUUUCUGUCGAAUGAUUCUCUUGCAUGGGUCAUUGCUGAAAUCCAAGUUCUUAGCGUGCAGCAACACCCUCGAUAGAACUCCAGGUCUAGAAUUAGGGGAAAAUGGGGAACUCAAGCUCCAGAAUGGAGGAGGAUAAGGCAUUGCAGCUAUGCCGCGAAAGGAAGAAGUUUGUUAGGCAAGCCCUUGACGGGCGUUGCUUGCUAGCAUCUGCGCAUGUUGCAUAUAUCCAGUCACUGAAAACCACAGGAACAGCCCUUAGAAAAUUCAUCGAACCUGACGGGCUAAUUGACCCUUCAUUGUAUACUCCUACUACUAAUGCAACACCAGAACCCCAACUGGCUUUGAGUGAGAGGCCCUUGUCUCAUUUAUCAUUCUCUUCACCAUCCGUGUCACAGCGCAUUGAUGCAGCCGAAGGCUUCUCGCCAUCACCCUCACCUCCUAGUUCUUCCAUUAAGUUCCAAGCAAAUCAUAUGAAACAUACAAGCGUUUAUUCUAAAAAAGUUGAAGAGAAAGUGCCUGUACCUGUUAUAGGGACAUUAACAUCUUCAGGUACUCCACAGAAUGGUAGUACUCCUCGUUACAAUGGAAGGUCUGAAAGUCCUGCAUUCGAAGAUUCUACUCUUCCAGAUGGUGCUCCACAAUGGGAUUUCUUUGGCUUAUUUAAUCCUAUUGACCAUCAAUUUUCCUUUCAAGAUGGGAAGGGUUCUCACCACGUGCAAAAUGGUGAUGAUAUAACUCAGCUAAGGGAGGAGGAAGGAAUUCCUGACUUGGAAGAAGACGAAGAGGGUGUUUCUUCGCAUGACGAGGAUGGUUCCCAAGCUUCUGAAGACGAGUUUGAAGAUGAGCCUACAUCAGAAAAGCUUGUCCAAAGAUUUGAAAAUCUUAAUAGAGUUAACAAUCAUGUUCAAGAAAAUGCUUUGCCUACCACAACUAAGCCUUUGACUGGUGAUGUGGCUUCUGAAGUUGAAUUAGUUAAUGGGGAGAAGGCAAAUUCUCCUAAUUUAUCCCCAUUGAAGGCAGUGCCACCUGCAGUAACUUCACAUCCCCCUGAAACAAAUAAGUCAACAGAGAAAGAAAAUCAUAGCCAGAAUAAAGUCAUCCCCAAAAAUUUCUUUACAAGCAUGAAAGAAAUUGAGUCGCUCUUUAUUGAAGCUUCUGCAUCUGGUAAAGAGGUUCCAAGGAUGCUUGAAGCAAAUAAAUUUCACUUUCGUCCAAUGUUCCCCGCAAAAGAAAAUAGUUCUGUGGCAUCAUCUUUCUUGAAAGCAUGUUUGUCUUGCGGGGAUGACCCUACUCAAGUUCCAGAAGAACCUGCUCAAAACUCUGUUAAGUACUUAACUUGGCAUAGAACUGCAUCAUCUCGAUCUUCCUCAUCCAGAAACCCUGUGGGAGCAAACUCAAGAGAUGAUACAGAGGCCUUUGCAAAUAAUCUCUUUGACACGUCUUGUAUGAUAUCCGGUAGCCAUGCAUCAACUUUGGAUAGGCUAUAUGCCUGGGAAAGAAAGCUCUAUGAUGAAGUGAAGGCUAGUGAGAUUGUCAGGAAGGAAUAUGACACGAAGUGUAAAAUCUUGAGGCACCUGGAAUCAAAAGGAGAAAAGGCUCAUACAAUUGAUAAAACACGAGCUGUUGUCAAGGAUCUGCACUCAAGAAUCAGAGUUGCGAUUCACAGGAUUGACUCUAUAUCAAAGAGGAUUGAAGAAUUAAGGGACAAAGAGCUUCAGCCACAACUUGAGGAGUUGAUUGAAGGGUUAAGCAGGAUGUGGGAAGUGAUGUUUGAAUGUCACAAGCUUCAGUUUCAGAUCAUUUCGGUAUCGUAUAACAAUAGUCAUGCUAAAAUCGCCAUGCAUUCUGAAUUACAUAGGCAGAUUACCAGCUAUCUUGAAGAUGAACUCCUCUUUCUAUCAUCAAGCUUGACCAAGUGGAUUGGAGCUCAGAAAUCAUAUCUGGAGGCUAUAUCCGGAUGGCUCAACAAAUGUGUUUCGUUUAAACAAAAGUCAACCAGGAAGAGAAGGAAGCCACAAUCUGAGCUCCUGAGAGAACAUGGCCCUCCAAUAUAUGCCACUUGCAUUGUCUGGUUGGAGAAGCUCAAUGGGUUACCUGUAAAGGAUGUUGUGGAUUCUAUUAAGAGCUUAGCAGCCGACACUGCCCGGUUCUUGCCACAUAAAGAGAAGAACCAUGGAAAAGGUGCAAAUCAUCCUCAUAUUAAUGGCGAAUCAUCAGAUAACUUAUUGAGAGAUGACAUUUCAGAGGACUGGGCUUCAGGUUUCGAUCGAUUUCGGUUAAGCUUGAUUAGAUUUCUUGGGCAGCUCAGUAGUUUGUCGGGGGCUUCGGUUACAAUGUAUGCAGACCUUAGACAGGCCAUUCACAAAGCUAAGAUUAUUUACCAAAGGAGGAGUUCGUUUUCUCAAAAUGGUCACUCGAAUUCUCAAUCUCAAGAUGUUCAUUUGAACUCCGAAUCUCAAGGUGAUCAAUCCAACUCUCAAUCUCAAGUUGUUUAGUCAGAAAAGAAAUAACCGAAGCAAAUAAAGAAAGAACUGCAAGAAACAUGGUGAAUCUGUGUUGAGCACAUGAAUGAUUUGCCAUAGUUUUGUGUGAGGCAUUUCAUUUGUUCAUGAAAGGAUGAAAUAAAGUCAUUAAAUUGAUUUGCCAUAGUUGUGUUUAGUAUGAGGGGUUGAUAGAAUGCUUUUAAGAGAUUGUGAUUAGGUGGUUACACAUUCUGUUUUUUCCUCCAGUUUUUGAGUUUAGGGUGGUAGUUAUCUUUUCAGUAUAGCCUUGUAAGUACUAGGUUCUGGUGGUGAACAAAUCUAUAUAUUUAAAAAAGUGGAACUUGUAUAGUGCAAUUUUGAUGAACAAGGUGCUUGUAGUUGGGAACUCGAAUCUUCUAUCCCAUUUUUCUGUGUGAAUGAUUUUGAAGAUGUUGGGUUUGAGAAUCUUAAAAUAGAAGAAAAAGGGAGGUCUCGUGAUUUUACAGGUGUUAGAUUUUCGUUGAAGGAACUAAGGAGACAGGAAAAUGGGAUAGAAGAUUUCAGUUCCCUAAUGAGACUUGUACCUUGCUCAUUGAUUUUCUUUACUAAUGUCAUAUUCUCAAUCCCCCCAAUUUAUGUCAUGUGCAAAAAGUAAUUGUUACUUGUUAGUUCCUAUAAAUAAAUUAAAAAAGAAGAAAAAAAUUGUUUUUUAUUCUA